GCAGCGUUGGCCGGCCGGGGGCGCAGCUGGGCGGGAUUGGGGAGCGCCCCGCCCCGCCGCGGGACUGGGGUGGCGCGCUACCUCUGCGGAGAAGGAUCCGAGAGCGUUCCGGAGCCGGGGCGAGCAGCCAAAAGGCCCGCGGAGUCGCGCUGGGCCGCCCCGGCGCAGCUGAACCGGGGGCCGCGCCUGCCAGGCCGACGGGUCUGGCCCAGCCUGGCGCCAAGGGGUUCGUGCGCUGUGGAGACGCGGAGGGUCGAGGCGGCGCGGCCUGAGUGAAACCCAAUGGAAAAAGCAUGACAUUUAGAAGUAGAAGACUUCGCUUCAAAUCCCUACUCCUUCACUUACUAAUUUUGUGAUUUGGAAAUAUCCGCGCAAGAUGUUGACGUUGCAGACUUGGUUAGUGCAAGCCUUGUUUAUUUUCCUCACCACUGAAUCUACAGGUGAACUUCUAGAUCCAUGUGGUUAUAUCAGUCCUGAAUCUCCAGUUGUACAACUUCAUUCUAAUUUCACUGCAGUUUGUGUGCUAAAGGAAAAAUGUAUGGAUUAUUUUCAUGUAAAUGCUAAUUACAUUGUCUGGAAAACAAACCAUUUUACUAUUCCUAAGGAGCAAUAUACUGUCAUAAACAGAACAGCAUCCAGUGUCACCUUUACAGAUAUAGCUUCAUUAAAUAUUCAGCUCACUUGCAACAUUCUUACAUUCGGACAGCUUGAACAGAAUGUUUAUGGAAUCACAAUAAUUUCAGGCUUGCCUCCAGAAAAACCUAAAAAUUUGAGUUGCAUUGUGAACGAGGGGAAGAAAAUGAGGUGUGAGUGGGAUCGUGGAAGGGAAACACACUUGGAGACAAACUUCACUUUAAAAUCUGAAUGGGCAACACACAAGUUUGCUGAUUGCAAAGCAAAACGUGACACCCCCACCUCAUGCACUGUUGAUUAUUCUACUGUGUAUUUUGUCAACAUUGAAGUCUGGGUAGAAGCAGAGAAUGCCCUUGGGAAGGUUACAUCAGAUCAUAUCAAUUUUGAUCCUGUAUAUAAAGUGAAGCCCAAUCCGCCACAUAAUUUAUCAGUGAUCAACUCAGAGGAACUGUCUAGUAUCUUAAAAUUGACAUGGACCAACCCAAGUAUUAAGAGUGUUAUAAUACUAAAAUAUAACAUUCAAUAUAGGACCAAAGAUGCCUCAACUUGGAGCCAGAUUCCUCCUGAAGACACAGCAUCCACCCGAUCUUCAUUCACUGUCCAAGACCUUAAACCUUUUACAGAAUAUGUGUUUAGGAUUCGCUGUAUGAAGGAAGAUGGUAAGGGAUACUGGAGUGACUGGAGUGAAGAAGCAAGUGGGAUCACCUAUGAAGAUAGACCAUCUAAAGCACCAAGUUUCUGGUAUAAAAUAGAUCCAUCCCAUACUCAAGGCUACAGAACUGUACAACUCGUGUGGAAGACAUUGCCUCCUUUUGAAGCCAAUGGAAAAAUCUUGGAUUAUGAAGUGACUCUCACAAGAUGGAAAUCACAUUUACAAAAUUACACAGUUAAUGCUACAAAACUGACAGUAAAUCUCACAAAUGAUCGCUAUGUAGCAACCCUAAUAGUAAGAAAUCUUGUUGGCAAAUCAGAUGCAGCUGUUUUAACUAUCCCUGCCUGUGACUUUCAAGCUACUCGCCCUGUAAUGGAUCUUAAAGCAUUCCCCAAAGAUAACAUGCUUUGGGUGGAAUGGACUACUCCAAGGGAAUCUGUAAAGAAAUAUAUACUUGAGUGGUGUGUGUUAUCAGAUAAAGCACCCUGUAUCGCAGACUGGCAACAAGAAGAUGGUACCGUGCAUCGCACCUAUUUAAGAGGGAACUUAGCAGAGAGCAAAUGUUAUUUGAUAACAGUUACUCCAGUAUAUGCUGACGGACCAGGAAGCCCUGAAUCCAUAAAGGCAUACCUUAAACAAGCUCCACCUUCCAAAGGACCUACUGUUCGGACAAAAAAAGUAGGGAAAAACGAAGCUGUCUUAGAGUGGGACCAACUUCCUGUUGAUGUUCAGAAUGGAUUUAUCAGAAAUUAUACUAUAUUUUAUAGAACCAUCAUUGGAAAUGAAACUGCUGUGAAUGUGGAUUCUUCCCACACAGAAUAUACAUUGUCCUCUUUGACUAGUGACACAUUGUACAUGGUACGAAUGGCAGCAUACACAGAUGAAGGUGGGAAGGAUGGUCCAGAAUUCACUUUUACUACCCCAAAGUUUGCUCAAGGAGAAAUUGAAGCCAUAGUCGUGCCUGUUUGCUUAGCAUUCCUAUUGACAACUCUUCUGGGAGUGCUGUUCUGCUUUAAUAAGCGAGACCUAAUUAAAAAACACAUCUGGCCUAAUGUUCCAGAUCCUUCAAAGAGUCAUAUUGCCCAGUGGUCACCUCACACUCCUCCAAGGCACAAUUUUAAUUCAAAAGAUCAAAUGUAUUCAGAUGGCAAUUUCACUGAUGUAAGUGUUGUGGAAAUAGAAGCAAAUGACAAAAAGCCGUUUCCAGAAGAUCUGAAAUCAUUGGACCUGUUCAAAAAGGAAAAAAUUAAUACUGAAGGACACAGCAGUGGUAUUGGGGGGUCUUCAUGCAUGUCAUCUUCUAGGCCAAGCAUUUCUAGCAGUGAUGAAAAUGAAUCUUCACAAAACACUUCGAGCACUGUCCAGUAUUCUACUGUGGUACACAGUGGCUACAGACACCAAGUUCCAUCAGUCCAAGUCUUCUCAAGAUCCGAGUCUACCCAGCCCUUGUUAGAUUCAGAGGAGCGGCCAGAAGAUCUACAAUUAGUAGAUCAUGUAGAUGGCGGUGAUGGUAUUUUGCCCAGGCAACAGUACUUCAAACAGAACUGCAGUCAGCAUGAAUCCAGUCCAGAUAUUUCACAUUUUGAAAGGUCAAAGCAAGUUUCAUCAGUCAAUGAGGAAGAUUUUGUUAGACUUAAACAGCAGAUUUCAGAUCAUAUUUCACAAUCCUGUGGAUCUGGGCAAAUGAAAAUGUUUCAGGAAGUUUCUGCAGCAGAUGCUUUUGGUCCAGGUACUGAGGGACAAGUAGAAAGAUUUGAAACAGUUGGCAUGGAGGCUGCGACUGAUGAAGGCAUGCCUAAAAGUUACUUACCACAGACUGUACGGCAAGGCGGCUACAUGCCUCAGUGAAGGACUAGUAGUUCCUGCUACAACUUCAGCAGUACCUAUAAAGUAAAGCUAAAAUGAUUUUAUCUGUGAAUUCAGAUUUUAAAAAGUCUUCACUCUCUGAAGAUGAUCAUUUGCCCUUAAGGACAAAAAUGAACUGAAGUUUCACAUGAGCUAUUUCCAUUCCAGAAUAUCUGGGAUUCUACUUUAAGCACUACAUAAACUGACUUUAUCCUCAGACUAGCUGAAUGAUUUUGUGCUGUUUCAGGAUGUUUGCACUGAAGAAAAACAGAAAGCUUAUCUGAAAUUUAUAAAACUUUUUGUUUUGCUACAUGGAAAACAGAAGGUAUUUGACUAAUAAGCAGUGAUAUGCUUAGUGAGCACAGCUGUACUGAUUUUGAUUAGAAUAGUCAUCAGAGUGGCUUAGGGACAGUUAAUAUAAAAGAGGAGCAAGGUGUAGACCAUCAUCUACUUCUGCUAAAAUAACUUAAAAAGAGGUCCAUAGGCCAUAACUAUAUGAGCCCAGCUUUUGUAAUCUGACAAAAAAAUGAGGAGCAGCCUCGUGUAUAUCAGUGUACACAGUAUUCCUUAGGUCCCUUCCAUUGGUAGUGAUGCUGCGAGUUAUUACUGGAGAAAAGGAAUUCUAGAGCUUUAACUUGGCAGAUUAAAAGUACCCAUUUUUUAUUCAUCAAUAAUUAGUAAUCUCACUAGUUUUCAAAAAUUUGCAUAUUAUUGACAACCUCUUUGAAGAUGCAUUUCACAAACUCAACAGAGUGCCAUGAUAAGAGCUAGGGAUCCCCCAAACUAUCUCAAGCAUCUAAAAAAUUGCCAUUUUUAAAGGCUUAAAUUGUAGUAGUAAAGGGGAAAACAGGAAGUAGUAGUAAAGGGGGAAAAAAAGACAAUAAAGCAUCUAAAAAAUUGGCAUUUUAAAAGGCUUAAAUUGCUAAUGUGUAUAUAUAUAUAUAUAUAUACAUACACACACAUAUAUACACAUCAUUGACUUUUCUUAAGACUUAAGAGUACUGGGUAGAUGAACACUUUAUACAGUAUAUACAGCUUAAAUUUGUUUUGAGUAUUUUUUUUAUUUUUAAGUAGGCAAAGAUUUAAAUUUUUUUAUUUUUAGUAAAUGUUUGAGGCAAACUAAGACAACUUGGGCAAUAUUUACCAAAACAAAACAGAACCCCAAAAAAUGUACAUCUUGUUCUUAGCAAAUAUCGUUAUUGUAGAGACACUUAAUAAAGAGAUGGUAUUUUAAUGUCUGCAGUUCUGAGGUAGGGUGGAACUUAGUUCUACAUUGUGAUUUAGGAAUUUUUAGAACCUUUUUUCUUCAAGGGAGAAGUGACCCAGACCUCGAGUUUAGUGCUAAAGCCGCUAGUGUACUUAUGCUGUCCCCUAAUCACCACAUGCGAUAUGGAGGCAGAUGCUAAAUAUAGGGGUUUUCUUAGAAAGUAAGAGGAAAUUAGCAAGCGUUAUUAGUGAUUGACUACUGCUAUCAAGUGAAUUCAAAGGAAACAGGUUUUUAUGCCAUAUUUAAGUUACAGAAACCAGGCAUGCUUAGAAUAGUUUCUAGAGGUUAUUGGAGAAUAGAAAGCUAAGAAAACUUGGUAUACAUUUACAAUGGAAAUGUAAUUACACUUUUUACUCUCAGAAUAUUGUUCACAUUAGACUUCCUGUUUAUCUUUUAUAUUCUUGCAUUUAUAUAAUGCCUCAUCCUUUCAAAGUUCUUUCACAUAUUAUAUGAUCUUCUUUAUGAAAAAAAUAGAUGUUUCAUUCUGAUAUAUUCAGUUUCCCACUUUAGGCAAAAGUAGAUUAAUAGAAUGACGAAUUCAAAGUAGAUGAGGAAAAUCAGGCACAGAGAAGUAAAGGUAGGGAUAGACCCAAAUUUACACAACAAGAUAAUGACAUCUCCAGCUUUUAAGUUGAUCAUCAAAGGCUGGGCUGGAUUUGUCUUGCUGUAUGUGUCAGGAAAUUUAUACCUAUUACAUUUUCCAUUUUCUCAAAAUUUAAGUCACAUGACUAAUGUUUAGCUGCAACUUUCCUCAUAACAAAUAGUGUCAUGAAGAAUGUUGUAGUGUGAAGUUUGUACAUUUCAGGGUCAGAUAUACAAUGUGAACUCUUAAUCUACAGGAAUGAGAAUGGAGGAUCAUUGAAGGCCAUGAUAUAAACAAAUUUGCAUGUUGAAGCCUGUAUAAAACAUGGUACAGUGAGUGAAUAUACCCCCAUCCCCAAGAACACUUUAUACAUAUUAAAUGGAUAUAUGAUUACUGUGCAAAAAUUCAUUCUGGAAAUGAACAUAUAUUUGAGCACUAAUAUGUAAUGUACAUCUGCCCUAAGGAGAAAAUAAAUUAUAAAACUUUUUACAUUCAAAAUUACUUUCCCAAGCAUGUCUUAGAAUAAUCUAUGUGUUGAUGCAUGUAAAUUGUACUUUAGGUAGGCAAAGAAAUCUGGUUAUUUAUGUAAAAACUAGUCUAAUAAAGUUAGUUAGUGGCUUUAUCACUUUAAAUCUUUAGUGUCCAAAAGUGGUGUUUAAAGUAAUAGCACAUCAGAAAACCUUGUCUGGACAAAACUAGUUCACUCACUGCUUCUGCACCUGCAGUUGCUCCCUUUAGGGUUAUAAAAUAAUGACCCAAAUGUUACAUGUGUUGAUAUUAUAACUUGUCAGUUACUGAUGUCUGUGGUAUCCUACCCUCAUCUCUGAAAGGGAUAAUACUGAAUAAUUAUUAGAAAACUAUAAAACUUCACACUUUGUACCAUUAAAACCUAAAAUUUUAAUCUUGUCCUUUUUUACUAUGGAUCAGUCGGCACUCGGGAACAGCAGCAAGGAAAAAAAACAAAUUUCAUUCACAUGUUCUGUGUUCAUACCUCUUCUCUACCUAAUUGUUCAUUUAAAUUUCAGCCUUAUUCCUUGAUAAGGGAUUUUACCACAUGAAGUCAUCCAGUGACCCUAGCUCUUAUUGUGAAGUUAGUGGAGUAUACUUAGAAAUGUUACAACUUUAAAAUGUUACAAAACAUUUAUUAAAGCUCAUAUUUAAAGUAGAGCAUCUAGUUUGAGAAAUAGAAAUCAAUUAUUAAAGAUGUCUUUUUUCUACCCAUUUAACUAGUUAAAACCAUGACAUGUAAAUGUAGAAGUAGAAUAAUCAUAGAAUUCCCUAAAAUACUUCUGUUUACUAACAUAUAUUGACCAAGUACAUCAAGCAGGAGAGGUCUUCCUUCAUUCUGUUAUAGUCCACAUCAUUCUAAUUUUGCUCAGUUGUUAUUAAGAGCAUAUUCCUAAACCAUACACUUUUGUUUCAAUAAAGUUUUAUUUUGUUGAGAUGAAUAAAAUAACAAAGUUAUAAGCUACAUAAGACAAAAGUUCAAUUGUUCAAAAAAAAUUUACUGGGAUAGCUUUCUAUUAUAGGUAUUGUUAGAUUAUAUUGCGCCGAUAAGAUUACUUUCUAAAAAGUUUGUACUUUUCUGUAAAUUAAAAGAAUAUGGAGUCAUAAAAUGGCAAGUGUUUUAGGAUUAGCCUAAAAUUGGACAUUGUCAUUGGUUUCAAAGAAGUUAUGAACUAGCAGUCUUACAGCCUAAUUCUUCUUUGGACUGGUCCUUGGCAGCAGUUCCUUUUCAGACUCGAUAAACAGAAUUCAGACGAUGUAAGUCAAAACAAAACUUUACAAAGCCAAGUGUAUUAUCUUUUGCAUUAACCUAUUUUUUUCCAUCAUACAUGCUACUAGUAUGUGCAUUAGCAUGAUAGUCUCAUAUACAUUGCAUUAAAAAUUAAAAGGUGGCAGCUCAGGGUGAGCUCUUCUGUUGCUCAUUUGUUCCUAAAUUUUUAAGGGCUUUUUCUCAGUCAAUAGUUUGUACAAACUGGUUAGUUUAACUUCAUUACCCAUUUCAUUAAAGUUGAUGGGUCGUGUGAUGAGAUGCAUUUAAGGCCGAUAGUGAUAGAUGUUUUUUUUAUUUCUUGAACACAGGCUUUGUCUGAAUGAUGUUCUUUUAUCUCUUGAACACAAGCUUUGAAUGAUAACUACAGGUUUUAAGUGCUGUUACAUUAAUACCAUAAUGUGAUGUGUUAGAAACAAAGGGAUAUUUCAAAGGUAGAUAUUUGAAAAUUCUCUAGUCUCAAUAUAUAUGUGUAUUGAAUAUACUCUAAAAAUAAAUGUGCAAUUUGCUAGUAGGACAAUGCAGUGACUAGCAUUAGGUAUGUUUCUUUUAUAUCCUAGCUAUGUCCCACUUUCUUCUAAGUGCAAUCCUUUCAUGUUCACUUGCUGUUUUACCCCAUCUACUCUAACUUCAUUUGGAAGGCUUGUCUAGAGUAUAGCAUGUAUUUUUACCUUUGCAGUGAAUUGCAUGUGCUAAUUGUAACCACAGCUAUUUUUAUGUUGACAUAACUCCAAAUGUUAUAUGAAAUGUUCUAUUAUAUAUUAGCUCUAAUCCCUUAAGUAAAUUUUAAGAAAUAAAUACUUGUUCAAAUUUU